AUGAGCUUUAACUUUGGCAACGACGGCGCGACGCAAUUCCAAGGCGGCGGGUACGGGACAAACACCGGUGCGUCUGGCGGAGACCCAUCGAGUUACCAAAAACGGCAACAGGAAGAUUCCAUCACCCCGGUCACCAUCAAGCAAAUCUCCGAGGCCACCGCGUCUUCGGCAGAGGCGGACGAGUUCGCUUUACUGACUGGGAAACCGAUCGGUCUGGUGACGAUUGUCGGGAAAAUCGUUUCGAAAGAAGAAACGGGAGCGCAUAAGUUGUUGUCCGUGGACGACGGGACAGGCGCGUGCUGCUGCAAAGAAUACCCGGGCGAAGAAACCGCAGAAGGCGCGAACGAAGUGACGUUUGAGACGAACGAGUACGUGAGAGUGACUGGGAAGUUGAAAUCCUGGAACGACGCGAGAUACAUUCAAGUGAUGAACUGCAGAAAGAUUACGGACUUUAACGAAGUCGCGUUUCAUUUUUUGGACGCGAUGUACGCUUCGUCCAGAUUUUCCAACGAGAAAGGUUCGAGCGUGGCGGCGCAAGCGACGACGGCGACUGGGGCGGCGCCGGCAGCGUACGCGAUGCCGACGAGUGGGAACAACCCAGAUGCGGGUGGGUCGUUGCAGGAACAGUUGUUGGCGAUUUAUAACAACCCGAGCGGGCCGGCGGCGGGGGAUUCCGGGAUUGAAAUAUCCGAGAUGUGCAAAUUGUUAGGCGGCAAGUACACGAUGGACGCCGUUCGAGAGGCGGUGGAAAUGUUAUCUAACGAAGGGCACGUGUACUCGACAAUCACGGACGAUCACCACAGGUCGACGAGUAUUUAA